AUGUUGAUCGACUACGCGUUUUCUCUUUACUGGGAUGAAUAUCGUCAACAAUUGCCAAAUUUAGAGAAAAAACAUGCCAUACUUAUGGAAAGUGCUGUGAAAUUAGCUGAGAAAAUAAGAAAAAAAGAACUAAAGUCAGAAGAUCUCGUUACUGCCUGCAUUGAGAGAAUUAAACAGGUCAAUCCAAUUCUUAACGCGGUAACAGACCAGAGAUUUGAAGAAGCAUUGAAGGAGGCUCGAGAAAUUGAUAAGAAGAUUGAAGAUGGACUUACCAAUGAGGAGAUUAAGAACAAACCGUUCUUGGGUGUACCAUUCACUGCUAAGGAGUCUCACGCUGUUAAGGGUAUGCUCCACACUCUCGGUGUUCGCUCCCGUCGUGAUGUCCGCGCCGACUAUGACGCGGAGUGUGUGAGGCUGCUUAAAGAGGCCGGGGCUUUGGCCCUCGCUGUCACAAAUGUACCAGAAAUCAACAAAUGUAGGCAGGAGACUCGUAAUAUGGUCUUCGGGCAGACGAACAAUCCUUACGACACGGGCCGUACUGUGGGGGGCUCCAGUGGGGGGGAGGCGGCCCUACAUGCGGCGUUAGCCUCGCCUAUAUCAUUAUGUUCUGACAUCGGUGGUUCAACUCGUAUGCCUGCCUUCUACUGCGGUCUAUACGGCUACAACCCCACGGCCGGACACACCAGUCUUAAAGGAUCAGCUCUCCGUAGCGGUGAGGAUCCAACUAUCGCGUCCAUCGGCUUCGUCAGCAAACAUCCCGAGGACUUGGCGCCUCUCACUAAGAUUAUCGCUAAUGAAAAGGCUGGAUUGUUGGAUUUGGAUAGGAAAGUCGACAUUAAGGACAUCAAAUUCUAUUACGUGGAGGACGUGAAAGAUUUAAGGAUCAGUCCCGUGUGUAGUGAACUUAAGAAGGCCAUGCAUAAAGUAACAUCGAAGCUAUCGAAGGUGAGUGAACCACCGAAGCGUUACAACCACGCGGGGUUCAACCACUGCUUCGCGUUAUGGAAACACGCCAUGACGCGAGAAACAGAAGACUUCGCUAAACUACUUAUGAACAACGAGGGAAGGGCUUACGGGGUUAUAGAGUUGGGAAAAAAAUUAAUUGGUCAGUCUGACUUCACAUUAGCCGCUAUCAUGAAGCUGUUGGAUGAUCAAGUGUUACCGGCUGUGGAUCCAGCUUGGGCCGACCAGCUCACAGACAGCUUGAAAGAUGAUCUCAUUACGCUGCUGGGUGAUACAGGUGUUCUCAUAUUCCCUUCAGCGCCGAGUCCGUGUCGCCCUCACUACACCCUGUACACUGGACCAUUUAACUUCGCUCUAUGGGGAAUCUUCAAUGCUCUAAAAUUCCCCGCUGUACAAGUGCCGGUGGGUCUGUCGGCCGGUCUGCCGCUCGGCGUGCAGCUGGUGGCGGCACCUGGACGGGACGCGCUACUACUGAAUGUUGCAACACACCUGGACGAACACCUGGGAGGAUUCACACCGCCUUGUGCUGUACCACUUAAUAACGCUUAG